AUGGACAAACACCGCGGCGGGAAUACCUGCAAAAGAUACUCCAACGCUCAAUUGAGUGAUGAUGUUUCGGUCCUGAUCUCGUGCCGAGAUUUUCGGACGGCUGAUACGGGACCGAGCUUUAUGAUGCACGUGUCUUUUUAUUUGAAUGGAUAUUCCAAGGAUUUCAUAGAGCGAAUUGGUCUUUUCGUGCAGGCUGAUCGUGUUGAUGCACAUUUGAAUCAGGUUGUCUAUGCAAAGACAGACAUAACAGCUGGAUCAAAAGGAAUCACUGCAUUCAUCAUCGAGAAGGGAAUGCCGGGAUUCCGCACAGCCCAGAAAUUGGAUAAACUUGGGAUGCGAGGAAGUGAUACAUGUGAACUCUUGUUUGAGAAUUGCUUGGUUCCUGAAGAAAAUGUUCUUGGGGAAGUAGGAAAAGGAGUCUAUGUCAUGAUGUCUGGGUUGGAUCUGGAGAGACUUGUUUUGGCAGCUGGUCCCCUGGGUAUCAUGCAGGCAUGUCUUGAUGUGAUCCUUCCUUAUGUUCGACAAAGAGAGCAGUUCGGUUGUCCUAUCGAAUUUCAGUUUAUACAGGUCCAUAUUGUUGAGAAAUGGUUUUUCUACAAUCAUCCUGGCAUUUUAUUGCAUGUGAUUUUUAGACAUUACAUUGUUGAUCGAUCUUCUGUUACAAAACAUGAUGUAAUGGCUACUUCUUUCAGGAUUGUGCUGGAAUUAUACUUACUGCAGCUGAGAGUGCAACCCAAGUUGCUUUGCAGCAGGCAAAACAAUGUUUGGGAGGAAACGGAUAUGUGAAUGAGUAUCCAACUGGUCAUCUUCUGAGAGAUGCCAAUCU